AUGGAGCAACGAGAAGAGAAGAACGAAGAUAUACAAAGAAAAAGAGGAAGAAGAAGAAGUACUAAAUCACCAUCGUGCUUACCUCUCGAUUAAUUAACCUCGGAGAUACUCUUAAGGCUGCCAGCGAAGUCAGCUGUGUGAUUUCGUUCUGUUUCGAAGCUUUGGUCAUCAAUCACCACAGCUACAUGUUUCACCAACUCGUUCCAAAGCCAGCCUAAUCUUCUUGUCUUCUUCAAAGAAGGUGACAGGUUCUUUGUUUUCACGCUUCCUCAACAACAAAAUUGGAAUCCGAAUGUGUCUUGUUCUUAUACUUCUUCUCAGAUUAUUAAUAGUUACCAUAUAACUUAUCCAAAAUGUCCUUCUUUAACAAGUAAAGCUAAGUCGGUCCACGGCUUGAUCUGUUUUCAAAAAGCAGCAAACCCUAUAGUUUGGAACCCUACUAUGAGAAAGUUCUUACCUCUACUAACUUUACACAAACCAAAUGAGAUGUGGGAGAAUAUAACAGUCUCUUUAGGGUAUGAUCCAGUCGAAGGUAAACACAAAGUAGUGUGCAUGCCUUGUGGUAAAGCUUCUUAUGACUGUCGGGUUUUAACAUUGGGAUCAGAUCAAGAAUCAUGGAGAACGUUCGGGUUUUAG